GUGCGCGCGUGAGCGGACGCUUGGCGCCGGCAAUUCGCCAUGGACGAUGACUUGGAGCGAGCGGCACGGAAGCACAAGAUGCAGCAGCGCACUGGCGCUCUGCGUGCGCAGCAAAGACAGAGGAGACAGGAGGAGCAGGAGAAGGCGGCAGCGUCUGAGAAGGCCGCCCUUGCAGUACAGCCAGCUGCAUCUUCCCAGGCAGGCAGCAUUGGCAGCACUGCGGAGUCCAGAGAUGCUUCCUGCGUGGCGGAAGCGCCACCUGCCCCGCCCGAAGAAGUGCCAUGUCCGGGAGGACCGUUUACCUGCUUCGUUUGCACGGAGGCGAAGGAGCCGGCAGAGCGCUUUUUGCCCCACAGGUGCCGGGAGAUUCCGAGCUCGCUGUGCUGCAAGCCAUGCUUCAUCGCCUGGGUCCACUCCCAGAUUGAGGCGGACUCCCCAAAUAUCCGGUGCUGCCAUUGCGACGAGGAGCUGUCGAUGGUGACGCUGCAUCGGUUGGUGGAUGAGGAGCACUGGGACAGGUACUGCCAGACAGCUUUGCAGCGCAGUCUGAAGCGGGACCCGCACUUCAUUUGGUGCUCCCAGUGCAAUGGCGGCGGUUGGGUGGAUGCCAGGCAGCCCAGUUCCGGCUGUCCUUGGAGUUGCCCCGAGUGUGGGGAUUCCUUUGUCUACUGCCCGCAGUGCCGCAGGGAUCACAAGAGCCUCAGCUGCAAGAAGUUUCAGCUCCUGCGCCGCGAGGUGAUCCUGGGGAAGCAGACGGAGAAGGAUUCCGAGGGCGUGGUGCAGCGGAGUUCCAAAAGUUGCCCAUCCUGCAAGAUGCCCAUCCAGAAGGACGGAGGCUGCAACUACAUGGACUGCCCCAACUGCCGGCGCCACUUUUGCUGGAGUUGUGGUCAGAUCAUGAAGGCCUCGCACCAGGCGCACCAGUGUGAUGCUGGCUUCGAGGCCUCUGAGGUGGUGGCCAGGGCACCGUCGGGCCGGCCUUGUGUGGAACUGACCAGGCUGUUCAUGAACGUCAUAGACAUCGACUCCAUUGAGGUCACGAACGUGGAUCCGGACGAUGUGAUGGACUGCCGGGACAUGCUGGUGCCCAGCAUCGACCAGGAGGCCAAGUCACCACUCUUCGUGGGUCCCAGUCUCAUGGACGGCGAGAUCCUCGUGAGGCUUCCUUUCAGCUUCACUUCAGCGCUCUCCUGGGAGCUGACUCAUCUGACUUUGCGUGCCGAUCACUCGCCGGCGCCCAAUUGCCUUGCGCCCAAGUCCCUCUCGCUGUUACCCAACCUGCCGAGUGCGGGCUUCAGCGAUUUCGAGGACAGUAACAUAGCGGCCUCAGUGGAUUUGGAGGAGGUCGGGGAGGGCGUGUUCCGCGCAUCGCUGGAAGCAUUCCGGACCAAAGGCCACUUCAAGCGGGUAAACUGCUUGACCCUGAAAGUCUCCGCAGCGCGCGUCGGAGAACAUGAAGAAGAGAUGCAGGUCUUCUUCAACGGCAUCUCCAUCUUCGGCGUGCCCGGUCAGGUGUCUUCCGGCUCCCGCAGGAAUUUCAUGUACGACCAGCGAGCGGAGCUGAUCGUGAGCCCUGCUCUCAACAGGCGCAAAUGGGGCGCGGAAGUUGAGAGCGCAAGUCAAGAUGCCUAGUUUGCACUUGCCGUGUGAGACUCGCUGCGCAGUCGCGGACAUUUGCUAUGGUUUUCCAAAGCUUGCAAAUGAUGAAGUGUUGCAAGCUGUAAUUGUAUCAAGUUAGAUGGAACGCCUAGCGCAGCCUGCGGAAUUUGCGAUGCGCAGGCCUUCCUUUCACCUCAGUGGCCCUUCAUUCAAAGUGGCGCCAGAUGUCAUUCAUUUGCAGGCGUGUCCAAGAUUCUGUCUUUUCGCUGUACUGCGAAUGCCGUGG